CAUCAAAAUGUUAUUAUUGGAUGGUUACCAUCACAGCACCGUCAUGAAAUCGGCACCAGAGCUGCCCAACCCAACAGCUUGAUCUCUCUUGCUCCGCUCAUCCACGAUGAUUGCCAGGGCCAUGGCACCAGGACGACAGUUAUCGAAUUCCCAGGUGGCCGAGGAGAAGGAGGAAGAAGGAGUGACAAGGGCAGCCUCACAAGAGGGAGAAGAGGAUGAGACCACCAAUAGUAAGGUCCAAAGCACGACUGGCACCUCGGUUGCGGGCAAGGCGGUUCGCUUUGCUUCUGAUGAUGAGGAGGGGAAGAAUAAGACGGAGGAGCUUGGCGUGAGAAGAGAGAUGGGUGUUGCCAGUGGUGAAGUUGACGAAUGGAAGCAUCGCCAAGCCAUUGUCGAAGCCAUCCGCAAAUGUGCUUCAAAGAAGCAAUCACCGCAAUCCUCUCCCACUAGAAAGGCUGGUAAUAAGAGAACGGUCUCUCCCACCGCCAUUCUCAUCAAGAAGCACUUUCACCAUCAACGUCAUCUGAUGAAACUAGAAAAGAGACCAUUGAGACGGUCCCAGUCCAUGCCCUCUCUCCAUUCACAACCACCCCAAGUCCGUCCCAACGUCCAGAGACUGCUCCAAGCCCGUUCCAAACGCUCUCCUUCGGCCAACAUUAUCAAGCAAGAGUAUCGCUAUGCCUCACUGCGAAAGGUACAAGAAGAAGCCCGUCGCAAGCGAUCGGCACCCCUCAUUUUUGCCGCCGAUCACGUCCUCGACCCGGAUGUCUACCAGUUGGUCGUCACGCAUUCCAAACGAUCUCCGUCUGCCAAUAUCAUCAAAAAAGAGUUUCGCUAUGCCACGCUUCGAAAAGUGGAAGAAGACGCUCGUCGACGACGAUCGGAACCAUUGAUCUCCACCAAGGGACUCUUGCUGGAUCCGGAUGUCUAUGAACUCUUACUGGCUCAUUCCAGACGCUCCCCUUCCGCCAAUGUCAUCAAGAAGGAAUUCCGAUAUGCCUGCUUGCGUCAAGUGACCAGAACAGACAACGCUAUAUAUAGUUAUGACAUGGAUGAUGCCAUUUCCGUGUCCACCAUGUUGUCCACCAGUUUUCAAUACGAUGACGACGACGAUCAUGACAACAACAAUCAUCCUUAUUUUGUCUAUGAUUGGAUUGCCGAGUUGGAGGAACCCAUGGUGGCGUAUCCCACCAUGUUUCCUUACUUUGUAUCCUCGGGGUAUAGUGAUGCAGGACGGAGACUCAGUGGAUCCACCUUGGGGACACGGCAAUCCGAACUGUUCUUGUCGUCCUCGGAAUCCAUGGCCGAGUUGACUUCGACAGAAGAGACGAAUGCAUAAGGAUUUGUGAUGGUGUUCACGAAGAAGAAGAAGAAGAAGAGAGGGAUAGCAAGCUUGAUCUAACAAGCAACGAACCGAAUUGUUGUGGGGAUAGAAUGUAGAUGUUGGAGUAGAGUACUGUGAAUAAUACCGUAGUUUUAGAAGCGGACUGGCAAGUUGCAAUCAUUCAUUUUAGGAUAUCAGCUAUGGUCGUUAUUAGCUAGGUCCAAGAAAUAGGACUCCACAGAAGGACCAGGAUUUGAGCCAAGACAGGU